AUGGAUUUAUGGAGACAAAAUUUUAUAAGUAAACAUUAUGAUUAUGUUUUAAUUAAUGAACGUAUUAAAUUAUUAAUUGAAGCAAGAGAAAAUCAAGAUUUUCAACAAAUUAUGUCUCUUUUAAGAUCAGGGUUAAUUAGAAAUUUUGGAGGUAUUGCUCAAAAAAGAUUAUAUCUUAAAUCUUAUAUGGGUACAAAAUUUAAAAUUGAAGAAUAUAUAAAUGAAAUUUUAAAUUGUUUAGAAUUUUUAAAUGAAAGUUUAAGCAGUAGUAAUGGUGAUGAUUAUGUUAUGAAUUCAAAACAAUUAAAAUUAGAUUUUUUUCAUGAUGCAAGACAAAGUUUUGGUUCAACUGCUUUAUUAUUACAAGGUGGAUCACUUUUUGGUUUAUGUCAUUUAGGAGUUGUUAAAGCAUUAUAUUUUAAAAGAUUAUUACCAAGAGUUAUUGGUGGUAGUGCUGUUGGUGCUGCAGUUGCUUCAUUAGUUUGUACAUUAACUGAUGAUGAAUUGAUACCCAUAUUAGUUAAUAUUGAAGAAUUAAUGAAAAAUAUUGAUAUUUUAAAUCAUGAAAUUGAUGAAAGAUAUGGAAAUGUUAUUGAAAAUGUUGUUAAAAAGGGUUAUAGUCAAGACAUAUUAUUAUUUUUAAAAUUUGUAAGAGAUACAAUUGGAGAUGUUACUUUUGAAGAAGCUUAUAUGAAAACCGGUAAAAUUUUAAAUAUUGUUAUUCAUCCAACAAAUAGAAGUGUUCCAUCAUUAUUAAAUUAUAUAACUACUCCCAAUGCAAUAAUAUGGACUGCCAUAUAUGCAUCAAUCGGUACAGGAGUAUUAUCAGAUGAUAUAGCAAUAUAUGUUAAAGAUUUUAAUAAUGAAAUUGUUUUACAAACUCCAGAUAUUGAUGUUAAAUUUUUAAAACCUCAAGAUGUAACGUAUCAAACAUCAUAUUUUCAAAAUAAUUUAUCAACAAAUAUUCAACAUCAAUCACCAUAUACAAAAUUAACUGAAUUAUUUAAUGUAAAUCAUUUUGUUAUAAGUUUAGCAAGACCUUAUUUAGCUCCUUUAAUAAGUAAUGAUUUAAAACAUUAUCAUGCUUAUUAUGGUAAAGUUAAAUAUGAUAAAAAAAAAAAUUCAUAUGAUGGAGAAAUGAGUAAAAAAGAUAUUGAAAAAUAUACAAAAGAUUCAGGUUUCAAUUUUAUGAAAAGAUUAAAAAAUAUUAUUGGAAUGGAAAUUCAACAUAGAAUUGUUGUAUUAAAUAAAUUGGGGUUAUUAACUGAAGUAAUGAAAAGAUUAUUUAUUGAUGAAAAACCAACUCAAAUGCAAUAUUUAGCUUCAAUUCGUGAAGUUACUAUUGUACCAGAAGUUAGAUAUUUAGUAAAAGAUUUUGGUAGAGUAUUUGAUGUUCAUAGAACUAUGGAAAAUAUUCCUUAUUGGGUAUUAGUUGGAGAAAGAUCUGUUUGGCCUUUAUUUCCUUUAUUAUGGACAAGAUGUGCUAUUGAAUUUGCAUUAGAUGAUUUAUAUAAUUUACAUAGAAAAAGAUCAUGA